AUGAAAUGAUUGGUUCAGUGAAUGCAUUGAAUGCAUGGUUUGAAUCGAGCGCUCGUUUAUAUGAUUAGUCAUUCAGAAGGAGUCCAUAAAAGACAAUAAGUUUGAGAUCUGUUUGGUUUGAAUUGACUGAAGACUCAAUCAACACAACCUCCACACCACUCAACCGCCAAUUGUCUCAUCGGAUCCACUUGUAGUGACAGCAAUGGACACAUCGGUCACGUGUGACCCCACGCAGACUGACGCCAUGGAGCAGUUCUGCAGCAUUACUGGUGCGGACGAGUCGAUGGCCCGGACAGCGUUGGAGUCUUGCAACUGGAACCUCGAGUUAGCCGUCAAUAUGUUUGUGGACCAAAAUGACGGCCAAAUGGACACAAACACCACAAACCACACGAACGCCUCCACCGCUAAUCACACGAAUAGAUUUGAUGCCAAUUCAGAAGAGACCGUUCGGCCGCCUAUUCCUCCGGUGCGUCAGGUGUUGGUCGAGGACUACCCGAGCGCUUCGUAUAGCAAUCAUUUGCGUCGAUCCAACUCUAACUCAGUGUUUGAUGCCUUCCGUGACUUCGAACAGGAGGCCAGAUGGCACGAACAGCAGAUGGAAACCGAAACCAAUCCCUCCAACUCUGCGUCCGCUACCAAACGGCGAACACUUGAAGAUCUCUUUCGGCCGCCAUUAGACCUCAUAUGUCGCGGAACUCUUGAAUUCGCCAAAGACGAGGGCCAGAGAGUGAAUAAGUGGCUUAUGGUUAACAUACAGAAUCACAGAGAGUUCUCGUGUCAAGUGCUCAACAGAGAUGUCUGGAGUAAUCCCGCCGUUAAGAGCAUAGUCUCCGAACACUUCAUAUUCUGGCAGACAUAUCACGACAACAGUGAGGGCCAGAGGUUUAUGCAGUUUUACAAUGUGGUCGACUUUCCUUAUGUGGCGAUUCUGGACCCCAGGACUGGCGAGAAGUUGCGUCAGUGGACAACCAUAGAUCCCGUUUCCUUCUGUGAUUUAGUCACUGAAUUCCUUCACGACUAUCCGUCACCGUCGGGAACGUCAGCCAACAUCGAGUCCAUACCAGCAUCAGCUCUAACUCGUAAAUCCAGUGCAGAGAAGGCGCUCUAUGAGGAGAGCGAAGAAAUGCAAUUAAAGGCCGCAAUCGCCGCCUCAUUACAGGAAGUGGUGUCUAAAGGCGAGGCCAUCCCUAACAACAACCCCGACGUCGACGACAGCGACGAUUUGGAGACAUUCGACUCCGACAACGAAGACAAUAGAAGCCAUUCAAUUGCAUCCAAAGCGAUGGCAAACUCGUGUCCACUCAAUACCAAAGAAACGAGUCAUUCGGACACUGCUUCGCAAGAGAGCAAACCCGAGGCCCAAGUGAUUGAAGACUACAGACAAUACUUAGGGCCAGAAAAUGGAUCCAAAUUUGAACUCGUCGUCAGAUAUCCGGAUGGAAAUCGAGAGAACAUUAUAUUUCCUUCUGAAUCACAAUUAAAGGCAUUAUUUGUAUUUCUCUCAUCGAAAGGCUAUAAUAUGAAUGAUUACGACUUAAUAACAAAUUUUCCCAAAAGAAAUCUCAAUGAUUUCAUUGCGAGUGAAUCCGAUGUCAUCACUUUGGAGUCGGCGGGUAUUCACUCCAGAGAUAUGCUAUAUGUUCAGCACAAGACAUAAUGUUACUGUAUAAAUAAUAGUGAAUAUUUGCAUCAUUUUGUAAAAUCAAAUUCAAAAUAAACCGUUUUUUAACUGUAAUGACAACUAAA